AGGGCCAGGAUGGACUGGAAAUGUGGCCCCAGCAGCAUUUAUAAACAUGGGCCCACUACUCUGGUCGGGAUCUUUGUUUACAUACGUCCAUACGUGCGUGUUGCGCUGCGUCGCAAGCUCACAAGACAGACAACUUUGCCACUUCUGCAUUUCAAGGGGGAGAACUUUUUGGACCUCCAAGCAAUUCCUGUUUUGAUCUUCCAAAGCAGUCGGCACCAUUUCACCUCCAAACAUGUACAGCAGCAGCUAUUCCCGGGCCAAAUUUGGCCUGGAGGCCAAGGAGCCGUUGCACAAACCCAAAAGCAAGAGCUGUGGCUACUACUUGAGGAUUGUGUUCUUCUUCUCCUCACUCAUCCAGUCCCUCAUCAUCAUCAGCCUAGUGCUGUUCCUCAUCUACGGGCAGCCGGAGAAGUCAGCCGAGGAGAUGAGAGUCAAGGAGCUGGAGCAGGGCUUCAACAGGCUGAGUGAGAACAACGUACAGCUGAGGAAGGAGAAAGGCGAGCUGGGAGCUCAACUCGGGGCACGUACAGCUGAGAAAGAUGCACUUGCCAAACAGCUGGAGCAGCUUAUGACCGAUGCUAACGCCACAAAGUUUUACCUAAUGAAUAAAUUAGCCUACUGUGAGAGGCAGGUGACAACGCGAAACAUGAUGAUGCGCUGCCCGACUCCCCCAAUACAACCACCGGUUGCCGUUACUACUAGCAAUGAGCUGAGAACUUUACAGAGCCUCAGCGCGCAGCAGAAAGCAAUGAUUGAACUCAUCAAAACCAACUUCACUCACACGGUCCACUACCUGAGUCAGGAACGGGACAACGCCCUUGAGGACAGAGACGUCCACCACCAGGACGUCAUCUCUCUUCGCAAAGAAAACACCAUGUUCAAGGAGCAGCUCACCAUCUACACCGGGAAAUGUAAAGAGGACUUCGCUCAUUCCCUGGAUGGGAUCCAAUUGGUGACCAGGGAUUUUCUGAACAAAAUCAACAACCUGUUCCCCCACCAGCUGACCUUUCACCUCACCUGUGAAAGCCAGCAGGAGCAAGUGGAGAAGAUAAGAAACAGCUGCACCAACCUGUCCAGAGAUGUGGAGAACAAGUUUCAGCGGUAUUUGGACAAUGUGGGCAACAAGGUGGCUGAGAUUCAAGCCACGUCAAGCCGACUGGAGGUGCAAAACUCCCACUUGCGCGCUGACCUGACGAGUUGUGAAGGUAACCGCAACGAGACAAUCAUUGAGACCAGCAGGCAGCUGCAACUCAAGCAGACCACUCAUGACGACAAGAUGGCCAAACUGCUGAUUGAGCAGAACCGGCUAAGAGAGCAGAAACAAUUGCUAGCGGACACUUUGGCCCUGAAAGAAAAUGAGCUUCAAACCCUCAGGGCAUUGCCCAAUUGCAAGGUGGGUCUUCCUAAACCUGCAGGCGGGCCGCCGUUCCACCAGCAGAACAGACAAACGUCAGCCAACCUGCCUGCUUUUGCAGCACCAAGCCUCAGCAAAACUCCAACGGCGAGAUGAACUGACGCAUGAACAAUGUAUGGACGACGGUGUAUGCAAAUGAUAUCAAGACAUGACGAACGAGACUAAGAACAUUCUGUAAAUAUACUGAUGUCACAUACACUCAUGAUUUGUUGUAAUAAAUGUGUGUAUCUCUUCAGGCUUCAGUCAGGGUCAUGUAAAAAAAAAAAAAAAAAGACACUGGUGUAAAUAUUACUUGUGUGUGGUACUCACUUUGUUUCUUUACCUUGCUUUCUGUUCUGCCCUCAGAAUUGUUUUCUUGAUGUUACAAUUGUUUGUGUGCUUAAAACUGAUUUAUUGAAUGUAUACUUUAUGCUAAGAAAUGUUUUCUAUGCACGGAAGCAAACCGGAAAUGUAUUUUGAAAUGCACCGGAAGCUGCGCAUAUUUCUGUUGAAGCGACUUGACAAC